AUGAAUUUUGACAACUGUGAACUCCAGUACUUGAUAAAUAAUGGCCUUGUGCUGAAGCUCCCUACUCUAGACAAUGUGGAAGCAUAUCUGAACACUUACUACUUGGAGCCAACUGACGUGCUUUUUCUCACCAAAUACGACUAUGUCCAGUACAAUCCAGACUAUGCUCUUUUCAGAAGACAGCAUCUCACCAAUGCUCAAAUAGACGAAGCUUACGAUAAAACCAGCAAAGAGUGCUUGAUGGACACAAUGGAGAAGACUGGAAUAAAUGUCAACCCCAUGACUUACAAAGAAACAGACAUGUGGUGUGUCACCUUUCCUGCUUGCCCUCCCUGCUCUUUGGCCAUGCAGUCUCAGUUUGAAGACAUGUCUACUGCCUACUACUACAAGACUAUGUCUUACAGGCUGACUCCUGCUCAGAGAGACGUUUUCACUUACUAUGAAAUGAUAAAAGAACAUAUACGUGCAACCCAAGUUGGAUCGACUUGGACAAGACAGCCCACUCCGACUUCUUUUCUUUUUGCUCACUUUGCCAUGGAAGAUGCCAGGAAAAAUGUGCUGGAGUUGUUUGGCAUCAGGUAUCACGAACACUCCUUUUCCGAGAAUGUGCAGACUAAGUUCAUUGGCAACGACUCUGUCCGGUUGACUUACCCUCCCCAAACUGUCAGACUCUGUUUGCUUCUUACAGUUGGUCACGAUGGUCAUGUCAGGGCAAUGCUCGAAGGACCUUACGAAAACCUUGUGGCCAUUGGCAGGACAAGGAACCAGUUUUUCAAGUCUGUCAAACUGAAGAACACAGGCCAUGCAACGUGUGCAACACAGCAGUACAGAUUUGUCAGGAAGUUCUUGAACAGUAGGUGUGUCGUUCAGGACCCGGAUGUAGAACUAGACGACGUAUAUAAGCAGCUGGAUGUGGUUCAAACCAAAAUUGUCUACCCGGUAUUAACAGACAGACCUGCACCUUCGUCUAAAUACUGUGUAGCCGCUCAUUUCCCCAGCAACGAAGUGAUAGAGAAAGGAUGGGUGACACUGUGUUCUGCGUUCUUAACCUGCCAGACUCGGUUGACGAUGAGGAAAUUACGCGGUAUGCUGACAGUGUUAUCAUGCGUAGAGUCGAAAGUGUCUUUGGUCGUUGCUCUGCAUACUACACUGUUGAACAUGGUGAAUCCAGAAAUCACAGACAUUUGA